AUGUCGAGCGCAGACUUGAGAGCGCGCUCGAUCGACGACGACGACGAGGGCGCGGACGGGAAUGCGUUUUGCGCGUGGCGAGUGCUCGAAGCGAUCGAUUGUUCGAUCGCGAAAGCGGACGGGACGAGCGAAGGGACGUCGAGGCGGACGUUGAAGGUGCGGGCGACGACCGGGACGAGGGACGUCGCGGUGGUCGAGGGCGAGCGAUGGUCCUCGAUCGCGACCGUCGACGCGUUGAUUCCGGGGAGUGAGAUUGCGAUUCGAGAACGCUCGCUCGGUCGGGCGAGUGAUCGUGCGGUGGUGGUGGUGGGGGACGGAGACGUCGUGGCGCUCGGCGGACGCGUGGCGGAAGUGGCGGAGGCGAGCUCGCGAGAGAGACGCGCAAGAGAGGCCGCGCGCAAAGCCGCGGACGGUGCGUCUACCUCCGAAAUCUCUACCAAUGCGCCAAAGUUUGUCGAAUUCGAUCCGUCGAAGCCGGUCGAGGUACGAUCGAGACUCACGACCGCCGGUGCGUCCGUCGUCGCGAGACGACUUGCUGAGACCAACCUCGAGGCACCGACGAGACCGGCGACGAUGUCGACGAGGCCGUCGAUUACGUCGAGAAAUGCAAAUACACACGACGGCCCGCCUCGAGCCGUCGCCUCGAAGUCUUCCACCGAAGAUCCGCCGCCGCCCGUUCGAGCCAAGCCCAAGCUACCGCCCGGACGUAGAGCGCACGCCUCGAACUCUGCGCCACCCUAG